CGAAUACUGCACGCUUCCAGGCUUCAUUCUGAGCUGCCAUUGCAGAACCAUGGCGCCAUCCAUUAAGCAAAAAGCUCCCAAGGGCAAAGCCGCGAGGCCAGUGUCAAACAUCACCGACCCACGUUUUGCCAACAUCCAAACCGACCCGCGCUUUCGCCUGCCCUCGAAGAAGAACAAGCGUGUACAGCUCGACUCUAGAUUCGCGCGCGUGCUCGAAGAUGACGACUUCUCACGCAAAUCUAGCGUCGAUCGGUAUGGACGGAAAAUCGACAAGGGCGCAGGGAAGAAGGAGCUGGAGCGGCUGUACACCCUAGAAAAGGAUGAGGAUACAAGUGGCGAAGAUAGUGACGAAGCAGACGACGAUAAAGCUGUGCAGAAAGAACUGUCCAAGGCGAAUGAGAAGUACGAUCCUGCCCGAGGAGGAGGUUUCUCAUCGUCCGAGUCUGAGAGCGAUGAUGACGACGAGGACGUGGAUGUUGAGGAGGCUCAGCUGCCAGAUACUCCGUCGCAAGAAGCAGUGCCUAUGGGUGAGGUAUCGUCACGGCUCGCGGCUGUCAAUCUCGACUGGGAUAAUAUCCGUGCCGUCGAUAUCAUGGCCGUUGCAGAGAGUUUCGCGCCAGCUGAAGGCCGCAUAAUAUCAGUCAUAGUGUAUCCCAGCGAGUUUGGCCGAGAACAGCUGGAGCGCGAAGAGCUCGAGGGUCCGCCGAAGGAGAUCUUUGCCGCAUCAAAAGCAGACGCUGCGGACUCAGACUCGGACUCGGACGCUGAGAAUGAAGAAAUUAAGAAAGACCUGCUCGCUGAGGAUACCGGCGAAGAAUUUAAUUCCUCUGCCCUCCGCGAAUACCAGAUGCGUCGCCUCAAAUACUACUAUGCCGUCAUAACCACCUCCUCCCCUGCUGUCGGCGAAGCCCUCUACACCGCCAUGGACGGCCGCGAGUACCUAUCCUCCGCAAACUUCUUCGACCUGCGCUUCAUUCCCGACGAGGUCUCCUUUGAGACAGACAAGCCGCACGACACAUGCACUGCCGUCCCGGACGGCUACAAGCCCAACGAAUUCGUCACCGACGCCCUCACCCACAGCAAAGUCAAGCUGACCUGGGACGCCGAUGACACGUCCCGCAAGGAAGCCCAAAAGCGCGCCUUCAGCCGCGCCGAGAUUGACGAAAACGACCUCCAGGCAUACAUCGGCAGCGGCUCCUCGUCCGAAGAAUCCGACGAUGACGCAGAAGAAGCAGCAGCAGCAGCAGCCAUCGACCCCGGCUCGCUCGCCCAAAUGCCCACGAAAAAGCCACCCGGCAAGAAAGAUCGCGCGUCCGCUCUACGCGCAAAACUCGGCCUCAACGAGUCUUCCUACAAGGCGAAGAAGCGCGCCGCAGAUGCGCCCGUGGGCGACAUGGAAAUCACAUUCACACCAGGUCUAUCCGCAUCCUCAUCGUCUGCUGCAUCCAAGCCCAAAUCCAUCUUCGCCAACGAGCCUCCUCCCAAAGACGAGACGACAAUCGAGAAAUACAAGCGCAAAGAGCGCGAGCGCAAACAACGCCGCAAGGAAGAACGCGCAGCCCGCACCCCUGCUGCUGCCGAUGACAAUGACGACGCAGCCAACAUCGACUCCAACAGCGACUCCGACUCCUCCGACGGCGGCGUACAAAUCACCUUCCCCGACCAAGCCCCCAAGUCAACAUCAACAUCCACCAAAAAACAAACCUCAAACCCCAAAGACCUCUCGUCCACCGACCAAACCCCAACAGCAGACCUAGGCUUCAACGACCCCUUCUUCACAAACCCCCUCCAAACAACCACCAAACCCAAACCCCGCAAACCCACCCCUAAACCCACUCCCUCAACGUCCCAAACAACAACAACCCCCGCCGAACUCUCCCUCCUCCUCACCCCCGACGACCCAUCCACCCAGCCCCUAAACCACUUCAACAUGACCGCCAUCGAACGCGCCGAAAAGCGCGCCGCCCGCAAAUCCCACAAAACCCCCCACAACAAACACAACAAACACAAAAAAUCCCACCAAGACGAAAACGAACACGAACACGAACACGAAACGAACAGCGCCCUCCAACCAGGCUUCAAAAUGGACGUCGCAGACGCACGCUUCGCGCCGCUGUUUGAGAGCCAUGAGUUUGCGAUCGAUCCGACGAAUCCGCGGUUCAGGAGCACGGCGGGGAUGAAGGCUGUGCUGGAGGAGGGGAGGAGGAGGAGGAAGGAGGGGGGGAGGGAUAAGAGGGAUGGUGAGGAUGAGGGCGUUGGUAUGGGUAAGAGGAAGAGAGAUGGAGGGAAGCAAGAGGGCGAGGGAAACGGAAAGGCAGACGAGGAUAUCGGGAAAUUGGUGGAACGGGUCAAGAAGCGUUCGAAAGGCGCGAUGGCGUAGUGUCCAUAGACAUACACACAUACACACAUACAUAGACAGAUAAUGGUCCUGUAGUCUGGUCUGGGUGUGAAAACGUCGAAAGCUCAGAACUUAAAUGUACUGCCUUGUUU